AUGAACACCAUCGUGCCGGACGUGCUGAAGCAGGGGGCGCAGGAGGACAAGGGGGAAAUCGCGCGGCUGCAGUACUUCGUGGGGGCCAUCGCCGUGGGCGACUUGGUGAAGAGCACGCUGGGGCCCAGGGGGCUGGACAAAAUACUGACCCCCUUGAAUAUCGAGGGCGCGAGGAGCCACCAACAUACGGUGACCAACGACGGAGCAACCAUCCUCAAGUCAGUAUGGCUAGAUAACCCAGUGUCAAAAAUAUUGGUAGAUGUGAGCAUGCAGCAAGAUAACAAAUGUGGGGAUGGAACCACCGGCGUUGUAGUUCUGGCAGCAGAGAUGCUCAGGAAUGCAGAAAUUCUAAUUGAAAAUAAAAUACACCCACAGAUUAUUUGUGAUGGGUUUAGAAUGGCCCUUAAGGCAGCGAGAGAUGCAUUGGAAAAGUCCUGUUUCAGCCACGACAUCAAUUCGGAUCAAUUUAAAGAAGACAUGCUGAAGAUUGCCAGGACGACCCUCUCCUCCAAACUGCUGACGCAUGAAAAGGAGCACUUCUCCCAGCUAGCCGUAAAUGCAGUUCUACGGAUAAAGGAGAGCCUCAAUUUGGAUCUCAUUCAGACGAUAAAGAAAACGGGAGGGACUAUCAAAGAUUCUUAUUUGGAAGAUGGCUUCAUUUUGGAGAAACGAAUUGGCAUAAACCAACCGAAGAGUCUCACCAAUUGCAACGUUAUGGUAGCCAACACCCCCAUGGACACAGAUAAGGUGAAGAUCUACGGCACCAAGGUAAAUGUAAGCAGCUUCGAAGACAUACAGGACUUAGAAAAUGAGGAGAAGCUCAAAAUGAAAAGGAAAGUAGAAGACAUAAUUGCUCAUGGGUGUAACGUUUUUAUUAACAGGCAAUUGAUAUAUAAUUACCCGGAGCAGAUUUUUCGGGAGAACAACGUGAUGACCAUUGAGCACAGCGAUUUUGAUGGCAUGGAAAGAUUGGCUAGCUGCUUAGGAGCUGAAAUUGCAUCUACUUUUGAAAAGGAUCUAAACAUUCAAUUGGGUUAUUGCGAAAAAAUUGAAGAAGUCAUCAUCGGGGAGGAUAAACUGAUUCGUUUUUCUGGCUGCAAAAAGAAUGGAGCUUGUACCAUCAUUUUGAGAGGGGCAUCCUCACACAUUUUGGAGGAGAGUGAAAGAUCUCUGCAUGACGCCCUUGCCGUUUUAGCCGAAACGAUGAAAGACAAUCGAGUCGUUUUAGGAGCCGGGUGUACUGAAAUGCUUAUGAGUAAUGCUGUAGACAAUUUAGCGAGGACUGUAGAGGGAAAGCGCAGCUUGGCCAUUGAGGCUUUUGCAAAAGCGCUCAGACAGAUCCCCACCUAUAUACUUGAUAAUGGAGGGUUUGACAGCUCAGAAAUAGUUAGCAAGAUAAGAGCACAACACACCAAGGGGAACGUCUACGCUGGGAUAGACAUCAACACGGGGGACGUGGGCAACGUGAUGGAGCUGGGCAUUUACGAGUCGUACAAUUCGAAGCUGUCCCAGCUGACCUCCGCCACGGAGGCCGUCGAGAUGAUUCUGCGCGUGGACGACAUCAUCAAGUGCGCCCCCCGCAAGCGCGCCGGCGUCUAG